AUGUGCUUAGCACGUGGGUCAAAGGUGAAGAAUAUCACCCAUGGCGUAUCGAGGCACAUUCGAUCCAUCGGAUUUCCCGAGGGUAGCGGCAUGGGGAUAUUCUUUGCUCUCGGCGUACCGAUUGACAUCCCCGACAAGUCCAUAUUAUUUUCUUUUUACUUCGAGGCAAAUUAUGGUCUACCAGGCAAUUGGAAUUCGAGCUAUUAUACCGAAGUAGAACACUUUAAAAGACGAAGUCUGGAUAGAAGAUUAGCCUACGACAUUAUCACAAAGAAACUAGAAAAUAAUGGCUAUUCGGGAAAAAAUUGUCUACUGAAAACAAUUUGUGAGAUAGCUAAAUACUCGUUGAAAGGAAACGGACUUCUCGGAGAUAUCGUCCGAAUUUUAUUUGCACCUUCCAGUUCGCAAGAGGAAAAUCUUCCGGACGACAUAAUUAAAGCAGAAUUCGAGGAAAAUUGUAAUCGACGUUACGAGGAUUGUGAGAAAAGUCUGUUGGAUAUUGUAAGCUCUGUGGUAUACAAUGACGUGGGAUAACAAGAAACGGUAAUUAAAUUAUUCGCCUAUUAAAUGAUUUAUCACCAAAAAACUCCCUUUUCUUUUCUCUACUUCCCACAUUUUUAAGUCCUUGAUUAUAAUAUAAUAUGCGAGAAUAUACUAAUAUAAUAAGCGACUAUUAUCUUCGUAAUUUUAUCA